CUGAAAGUAACAGCUAAUGAAAUCUCUCCAUUCUUUUGUUUAAGCAUGCUGUUGUGGGGAUGCCUGUCGCUCCCCUAAACUUAUGUUUCUUUCUGUUGGUGUUGAAUGUAGAGUCUGUAGUCUCUGUCUGUGACAUCAGUGUGCAUACGAUCAAUUUCGGAUGCCAUCUUGAAUGGGAUUGCCCUGAUGCCAACCCUAAGACGACUUACACUGUCUUGAGCAAGACACACGGUACAUCAUGGGAAAAUGUUUCAGACUGCAUCCAAAUUUCUCGGCAAAGCUGUGAUCUGUCACAUGUCUUUCCGAACAUAAACAUCUACAACUUCAUCCGACUGACAUCUGAACUUCUCUGGCUGAAUGAAACUCGGGGUUGCACCCCUAUAACUGAUCCUGCUGCCAAAUUCACCCCGCCCUCCAUAACCAACUCCAUGGCCAAUGGGAGUCUCUGGGUGACGGUAAAUUUUCCUUGUGCUCCAUCCAUAAGCUGCACGUUUGAAGAUGAUGAUUAUGUGGAAGGGAAUGAGAUGGGAUGCUACUGUCCCCUAACUGAGUUUAAAAGUCUCUGGGCCACAGUCACGCUAUACAACGAACAGAACCUCUCAGACAGACAGGCGUACACCGCUGAAGUGAUGCUUGAAAACCCAUUCGAGGUGGAAUUUGGUUUUCUGACACCAGGGCAAGUGUACUGUGCUGUGGCCAACUUCACAGCUGAGGGUGUACUGACCUCUUCUCCCCCGAGCCUCCCGCAGUGUGUUUACAUACCAGCAAAGCUCGAAAGCCUCAUCGUCAUAAUUGUGUGUGCUGUUCUCAUCGUUCUUGGCCUAGUAUUUUUUCUGGUCUGGAGAAAGUGUUCCUUUUCUGAACGUCCGCUGCCCAGAUCUUUGGCUUUACUUCGAGACCUGGAACUUCAGAAUGAGACUUUCAUUGACUCCAGUAAGGUUGCACCACACAACAAGACGUAUUGUAGCAUGUAUGUUGCUUUUGUAUAG